AUGAAUCAAGACCCUAACGACCUCGGCUGGCCCGACCACGACCCCGAAGUGACUGAACUCAGGCACUACCUGGACCGCCGCAAUGAGGAAGACGACGACCCAUUCUGGGACGAACCUGUGUCCAAGAGACCUACAUCCCUCAGAUUAUUCUUUCUUCCAUAUUCCGGCGACGGCGGUAAUGAGAGGACGCCGUUUUCCCAGAAAUUGCCCGAGGUUGGAUUCGCGGAGCUCUUGUGUGAGAAGGCUGGGUUCGCUCUACAGUCCGGGAACGACUUCGAUGAUAGCGAUGAUGAUGAAUGGGUCUCGCCGUCGAGUUCGCCCCGCCAGUCGGCCAUAACGACCCGUGGAAGAAGGACAAGAAGUGAACUUGACAGGAUAGACGAAGAGGACGAAACGACGGACCAUGAGCAAGAAGCUCACUUCAAACAAAGUUGGGUCUGGGAGGCACGGUAUAUCCGUUCCACCACACAGGCUCUGGCAGAUCAGGACGCGACGACGUAUUUCUGUAUCAACUUCCCCAAAGCACUGCAGAAACGCAUAUCGGACACAAUCCACAGUCUCACAGCUUUGGCGAAGAACCCGCUUUUUCUAGACACACUCAUAAUCGACGAAGUCAUAGCUUUCUAUCGCGACGCAAUCAAAAGACACCGGGCUCAGCUCCUGGCACUUAACGAUGACGACUCCAACAGCACCGACCUAUCCAUAAAGCUGGAGGAGUUGGUCACACAGUGGCGUGUUAUCCUCCGAGAUAUACAAGACAUGCAGGCGCAUAUCCACCAUCUGCGUUCUGUGGCCGACUCCAGGUCAGCUUUGAAGCAGGAGCGGGCAGCCUCGUCCCAUCUCCAGGUCAACUUCCACAGACACACGCGCCAAAAGUCCAGCGAUGUCUUCGGGCCCCCUGCGACGGAGAUCCUGCAGCUGCAGCUCUCGACCUGCGACUUUUGGGCCCGCUGUGUGAACAUGUAUCUCGAUCGAACGACGGAUCGCAUCAAGAACUCGACCUACCGCCUAAGCAAGACAAUCCCCCUCCGGCGCCGCGGCUCCCUGCCGCAGCUGAACAGGCGCCUGAGCAACUUCACGAUCGAGGUGGCGGUGCACAUCCAGCGCAACAGCGCCUCGGUCUCCACGCUGGCCAUGUCCUUCCUCAGCACCGUCUUCUUCAGCCCGGACGGCCUGCUCUUCGCAAUCACCUACUGGUGGUGGAUCAUCGCCACCCUCAUCGUGCCGCUGACGUUCGUCAUCCUGCACCUCUGGUUCGAGACCCUGGCCGCCAACGUCGGCCUCGUGCGCCGCGGCGACAGCGACGGGAGGCGCAAGCCCCUCGGCCGCGGCACACGCCUGGGCGGCGUUGCCGAGGAUGGCCGGGAGGACGGUGAUGUGGGCGAGGGGGAGGCAGAGGUGGAGGGUUAG